AUGGCCGGCUGGAUUGCCAAUGCGGGCCCGGCCGGAGUUCCGCUCACGCUGGCUACUAUUCGCGACCAUGUCGCAACCAUGGCGCGCAACAUGGACGUACCGCCUACUUUCAGGUGCUCGAUCGGUUGGGUACGCCGUGCGUUGCGUCGCCAGGGUGUCCGCUGCAUGAGCGCCGUCGGAGAGGCCGCCGACCAGGACAUGGCUGCCGUGCGCACUACUCGCGAGAAGCUUCCUCAGCUGCUGAUGUAUCUUUCGGUCACUCUGCGGGACACUUACAACUUUGACGAAACCGCGCUGUUCAUCUCAGUGUUGCCGCGAAAGACGUACGGCAACAGUCGCGUGUCGGGCCGGAAGGUUCCUAAGGACCGCCUUACCGUCGGCCUUCUCGUCAACGCCGACGGCUCGCAUUCGUUCCGCCCCUUGGUCAUCUCGAAGGCCAAGAGGCCGCACGAUUUCAGGCCCAACUACGAUCCGGACGAGGUGUGCUAUUGGCGCUCUUCUGCGAAAGGGUGGAUGACGAAGGAGGUGUUCACUCACUUCAUGGAGCAACUUAACACGGCCAUGUACGUAGAGGGCCGGAACAUCGUUAUCCUGAUGGACAACGCGAGCAGCCACGUGCUCAAGACGGAAGGCGCCGAGACGGAGGACCUCUUUGGGUUCCGUACGCGCAAGCUCAGCAACUUGCGCAUUGUUUACCUGCCGCCCAACACCACGUGCUUCACCCAGCCCCUCGAUCAGGGGAUCAUUGCUACGGCGAAGGCGAGGUACCGGGCGCACUGGCUGAGCGCGUUCACUGCGCAGUGGGUGGAGAGCGGCGCCACGUCGGCAAUGGCUCGGUACAAGCCGAACCUCCGCGACGUGCUCGCCUGGCUGCUCGAUGCAUGGAUGAACAUCGAGCGUCGUACCAUUCAGCGCUGCUGGUGGCGCACCGAGUGCCUCCCGUGUGCAUGGGAGAUGCAGCUUGAUCAUGUGGGCAACGGCGGCAACGGCGGCAACGGCGGCCCCACCGAGCUCGAAGAGGCAGUGGGCGACGUGGGGAUCCUCAUCGAUCGGCUUGGCCUCGGCCCGUCAGCGAUGCCUGCCGCGGACUUCGUCCGCAUCGACGAAAAUCAGCCGACUUGCACCGAGCCGGGAGAGGACCCGCUGGCUACGGAGCCGCCGACCUUGCCGCCUGCCGAGAUGUGGGAGGCCCCGGCCAGCAUGCAAGUCGUCUAUGACGACGCCAAUCCGGCUUGCCGCGAGGCACGGCGCUACGCCCGCGCCGCAAGCGAGAUGCUCAUCGGCUACGCGAAGGCCACCGGCAUCACACCGCGUGACCUCUGCGCGCUGUUCGACAUCCGCAACCCCAUCAUCAGGGCCCGGAUGGAGCGCGCAAGUCCGGCGCUCAACCUGAACAGCACCCCGCCUCCCGCCAUGCCCCUGGGCGCCAACCCGCCUGCUGAGACACCUCGUCGCCGUGGGCGUGUGCUGCCGGCGUGGAUGACGGAGCCGACCCCGGAGUGGGUCACUUUGGCUCAGCAGGCGGCUCGCCCCAGGAGCUCAUCGACGGAGGAGCACCAGUUGUGA